CUUUAUAGCUCAAUAUAGAAAAGAUAGAGCAAGACUAAAUUUUACUUGAUAAAUGAUGUGAUGGUGAUGUUACUGAGCUGCUUGCUUGAAUUUCAGCUUGUCCAGUAUGUUAUCUUCCGGUGGAGGAAGCUGCCGCCUUAAUGCCAGCAGUUCCUUCAUUUUCUCCAGUACUUAAAAAUUUAACAUACAUCUAUGAGGAAACAUUAAACAGAGAAACAGAAUUUGGAGGCUCUGAUUUUGGUGGAUAUCCUACUCUUGAUCAGCGGAGUGAUUCUUAUGACAUAAGAGAGUCAAUGAGCAUGCACUGUGGAUUUGUUAAAGGUCCUAGACCUGGCAUUGGAACAGGAUUUGACAUGGAUGAGUCCGAUCUCCUUGACAUGGAGCAGUGCCGAGGCGUGGUUGUGGCGUCAGCAGUAUUUGGAGCUUUUGAUGACAUAAACCACCCCAGGAAGAUCAGUCAAUAUUCAAAGGAAACUGUAUGUUUCUACAUGUUUGUUGAUGAAAAAACAGAGGCAUUUUUGAAAGACAAAUGGGGUAUGGAUUCCGUAAAAAAAAUUGGAAUAUGGAGAGUUGUUGUUGUUCAUAAUCUUCCUUAUACAGAUGGAAGGCGUAAUGGGAAGGAUGGUAGCGGUUAAACUAACUUGUCCUGUAGAUAGUUUAGGAAUAAAGGAAAUUUAGGUGAGAAACAGAAGAACAAAAAUAGUUCAGAGUAAAUUAGUGCUCAAGGUAAAAAGAUAUAGGGGGAAAUAAAUUAAACGAGAUAUGUUAGUCAUAACAAUGAUUAGGUGAAAAAACACAGAGAGAUAACAGGGAAUAAAACCUCAACAGAAAAAUUUUUAGUUCAUCAUCAUCCACUCUCUCUUCUUUGUUAAUGUCUAGUAGCCUUUAUAUACACAUUAGUUACAACUAUAAGGAAAAUAACAAAAAAAAAAUAAUGUUAUAAUUUCCAUCAUACUCAAAAUUUAAAUAAAUAAGACAUUAGAAUAUUAUAAUGCCUAAACAAACUUAAAUAAUCUAAAUAAACUACAAACAUUAAAUAGUAAGAAUUAUUAUGGAAAACUCUUUUAUUUGAAAAUUUAUUUUUAUUUUGCAUCAUUUGACCCACUUGGUGAAACUCGUCUUUGAGUUUUGAAGUGGCAAACAUCAAGAUAAUAAAGGAAAUAAAGGCUCAAAUAUACACUUCAAAAUCUUUAAAAAGUCAAGGCUUUUGAUAGUCUUCAUACAAAAAUUCAAAGUUAAAUAUAGGUUCCUUAAGAUUAUGUAAGCAGUGAGGCAACAUGAAAUCAACUCAAGGAAUCUGUUUAAUGCAGUUAUCAUGGACAUAAUCACUUCAAUAGUAAUAGAAGAUAGAACACGAUUAUUAAUGUUGGAAGUAGAGCACGAUUAUUAAAGUUGGAAGUAGAGCACGAUUAUUAAAGUUGGGAGUUGCUUGGCAUCAUUAGCAUGAACCAGAAUAUCUUAAAUAGGAGCCAAUAUUUUUUGAGCUUCCACUAGUGCUUUGAAAGGAAGUUCACGAUUUUCAUCUUCCAUCGCAGAGGAAGUUUUGUUCUUUGCUUAAACUCUGCUUUAAUUCUCAU